AUGGCCGAGGUGUACCCCCUACCGGUUGGGAGCGUGACUUUCCCCUACCUCAAAGCCAUGUUGGCUACUCGUGCUGCAGCUCACACCUGCAAAGAGGUGACGCCAGAAUGUCCGCUGGGAGGAACCAUCUACGGAUAUGCACCGGAUUAUUCCACGACCGUCGAAUUCGCUGUCAUAUUCGCCAUCUGCUGUCUGGUCCAGUUGGUUCAAAUGUUCAGAUGGCGUCUGUGGUCAUUUAGUAUUUGUGUCAUUCUCGGGGCUUUGACGGAAGGACUCACCAAGCAAGCAGGUUAUUUCGGUCGAAUACUUCUCAAUCAGAAUCCAUACUCGUCAAUCGGGUUUCAAACGCAGAUUGUGACGUUGACUCUCGCGCCGGCUUUCUGGUCUGCGGCUAUGUACCUCACGCUGAAGCAUGAAGUAAAUGUAUUGGGACCGCAAUAUUCGCUGAUACAAUCCAAACUGUAUCCCUAUAUCUUCGUCACUUGCGAUAUUGUCUCUCUGACUCUCCAAGGUGCCGGCGGCGGCAUCUCGGCUACCGCAAAGACAACUAAGAUGAUUGACAUGGGCAGCCAUAUCAUGAUGGCUGGGAUUGUCUGGCAGGUUGUCACCUUGACGGUCUUUGCAAUGAUGUCAGCUCAAUUUCUCUGGCGGAUCAGAAGUGCUCCGAAAGAAACGUUGACGUUUGAGGCUCAGAGGGUCUGGAAGAGCUCGAAGUUCUGGUCGUUCUUCUGGGGUAUUGCUAUUGCAUUCUCUACCACCUAUGUUCGGUGUAUUUACCGUAUUGUGGAGAUGUCCGAUGGGUGGAGGAAUAAGAUCAUGCAGGACGAGUUUAGUUUUACUCUUUUUGAGUCUGCUAUGUGUGUUGCUGCUGUGGUUGCACUUUGUAUUGCACAUCCUGGGUAUCUUUUCAAGGAGAUGCGCAGGGACCACGACGAAGAAUCUAUGGUGGAUCUGAAGGGAAUACAAUAUAGGGAGAAGGAAUUUGUUUGA